GCCUCGGCCGCUCCCCGGCAGCACCCCCGGGACAGCAGCACCCGGGCCUCCCUCCCUGCCGCCCGGCCCGGGCUCUCCCGCUAUUCCGCUGCGGAGGACACCUCAUGGAAAAUAAAUAAAUUAAUUCCCCAACUCACCCCCGCGGCCGGGAGAGGAGCCGGCGGCGGCCGCGGGAUUAGAUCCGGUCCGAGCUAGAGACCAGUCUAGUUGGAGAAGAGACAGAGACUGAAACAUGCCACCUGCAGCGGGAGCACCAGAUUACCCACCUCCUGAUGGAGGCUGGGGCUGGGUUGUGGUCUUUGGGGCUUUUAUCUCCAUUGGAUUUUCCUAUGCAUUCCCCAAAGCUAUAACAGUAUUCUUCAAAGAAAUACAAGAGAUCUUCCACACAUCAUAUAGUGAGAUAGCUUGGAUAUCAUCGAUAAUGUUGGCUGUCAUGUAUGCAGGAGGUCCCAUAAGCAGCAUUUUGGUGAAUAAGUAUGGUAGCCGGCCUGUGAUGAUAGCAGGGGGUAUCCUGUGUUCAUUUGGAAUGAUUGCAUCCUCUUUCUGCAAUAGCGUCCUUGAACUGUACAUAUGUAUCGGUGUGGUUGGAGGUCUGGGUUUAGCAUUCAACUUACAGCCUGCCUUGACCAUGAUUGGCAAGUAUUUCUAUAAGAAGCGUCCCAUCGCUAAUGGAUUGGCGAUGGCUGGAAGUCCAGUGUUUCUGAGCACAUUGGCACCUCUCAAUCAAUUCCUCUUUAAUGCUUUUGGCUGGAAAGGAAGCUUUCUUAUUUUGGGAGGUCUGCUUUUGAACUGCUGUGUGGCUGGGUCGCUUAUGAGACCUGUUGGACCGAAAAAAGUCCCUCCUGUGAAAAAAGAUGUUGAAAAAGGCACAGGAGAUUCUGCCUUGCACAAAAACAACAAGAAGUCUUGUUGGCAAACCAUGAAUAAGUAUCUAGAUCUGUCCCUCUUCAAACACAGAGGGUUUCUGAUAUAUUUGUCAGGAAAUGUCAUUAUGUUUAUUGGUUUCUUUGCUCCAAUAGUAUUCUUGGCUCCUUAUGCCAAGCACAAGGGAAUUGAUGAAUAUUCUGCUGCUUUUUUGCUUUCUAUCUUAGCCUUUGUAGACAUGUUCGCUAGGCCUUCCAUGGGACUUGUAGCAAACUCCAGGUUUAUCCGGCCAAAGAUUCAGUAUUUUUUUAGUUUUGCUGUCAUGUACAAUGGCGUCUGUCAUAUCUUGUGCCCUCUGGCAAAAAAUUACACUGGCUUGGUGAUAUAUGCUGUGUUUUUUGGGUUUGCAUUUGGAAUGGUUAGCAGCGUUCUUUUUGAGACAUUGAUGGACCUUGUUGGAGCUGCCAGAUUUUCCAGUGCAGUUGGACUUGUCACCAUUGUGGAAUGUUGCCCUGUGCUCAUAGGCCCUCCUCUAGGAGGUUGGUUAGUAGAUGUUACCGGUGAAUAUCAGUACAUGUAUUUUGUCUGCGGAGUGAUUGUGACUGUGGCCAGUAUCUGGUUGUUCAUUGGCAAUGCCAUCAACUACAGGCUUUUGGCAAAAGAAAAGAAGUUAGAGGAGGAGAAGCAGAAGGCACAGAAGAAUGCUGACCCAAAAGAAGCAGAACCAUUAACAAACAAUGAGAAUGAAGAUUCUUCCAGCAGAGCUGAUAAAGCUCUUGAAGAUCCCUCAGAAAGAGAAACUAAUAUUUAAUCUGAAAUAUAGCUCAGAAGGCAAUAUUUAUGACUUCCAUUAGGAAUAUGUCUUUAAGACACAGGCCAGGUUUUGUGGUAAUAAUGAUCAGUCACAAUAUUGGAUGGGAACAGAUUUUUGCUCCUUGCAAGACUCUAAGCUAAAUUACUGUCUACAGUUUAUUUAUUUCAGCAAUAAAAAAUUAAGAUUACAGAGGUAGUGACUCCAUGCAAAUGAGUCCAAUAAACUUUGAGUGGACAAUGAAGAGUCAGGUAAACCAGGCUAUAAAGCCUUCCAAUAAAAGUUUUGUUUUAAAAGUA